AUGCAGCAAUUAGUGCUUCAAAUGCCCAGCUCGAGAGCAACGCAGUCGGGCUAUCGGGGCCGUGUCAGGAGCGGCUGCCUGACCUGCCGGUCAAGAAAAGUCAAAUGCGAUGAGCUGCGGCCUGUCUGCCAGAACUGUAAAAGGCUGAAACGAAGCUGUGUGUAUAAACCGAGGAAAAGUCGACAGUAUCAGUACCAACGCUCGCCACCUCGAAACACGGGACAGGCUACAUCGGAUGGAUCUGGAAGCGCUGCUGGAUUGGGGAGACUGACACAGGUGGAAUCAGCCUCUCAGCAGUAUCCCAGUCCAUCGUCUGAAGAGCAAGAUGAGAGCCUUGCGGCUGGGGUCGCUGCUGAGGGCGGUAUCAAUUCCAACAUUGUUGGAGACACGGCGAAGAAUCCAUUUCAGUCUCCAGAUAGCUCCAUCGUGGACAUCAUCGUCCGCUUACAUAAGGCGCUGCGACGUCAAGAUGGUACGUCUCGCACCAUAGACGACGCCGAGUUCGAGGCAGCCACGCCCUCGACCUUGAUAUCGCGUGAUAUAGAACUCACAACAACAAUCGACGUGUUGGCUACCCGCCAAGCACCUCUGCCGCUCUCAUUUGCAUUCUUUGUUGAUCAGGUGGAUUGCCCUGCGGUAACGCCCUUUGAUGGCGUCAACUGGCGUCGAAUGAAGGCUGAAGUUGUCGGGGUUGGGACGAGUAAUGAGGCGGUGGCCGAAGCGAUUGUGGCUCUUUCUGCUCUUUACAAGGGGCAGAUGUACGGUUUGCCGCUGUCCAAGGCCAUGUGUCUUUAUAAAUCUGCCAGAUUGGCAUACGAAAAGCUGCUAGGUGAGGGCGUUGAAGACUUUGAAAUUGUCUUGGUGACGACGUUUCUUUUGAGUCUAUUUGAAAGCAUGCAAUACUACGAAACAGAUGCUCUCCUCAGAGAGCCGGGCGAAAAGUUCAUUCACAGACUCGAGGCUUGGACGCAGAGCCAGCUGCCACGCUCUUCGCUCGCCAUACGAAUCAUUGUUUGGUUGAGACUGCUUCACACAAUAGCGAUCCGAGGAGGAGGCAUGGGCCUCAUAUCUGAUCGCAUCUACAAUCUCUUUUCCAGCUGCAGUGAUGCAGCAAUACCUAGCUUGGCUGUGCCAUCGGACCAGCUCCCGGAAGACAAGUCCACUCAUCUAUAUGAGACCAUCGCCAGCUCUGUAUUUGACUUUUACUUUCGGCUCCAGAUGAUAUCCGGCGAGAUUGCGAAACUGACGCACUAUCAUCGCUCGCGCACCGCCGGAGCAGAUCAAGAGGAUGUGACGCAGCAGAUUGCCCACAUCACUUUGCGGCUGCAUCGUCUCUGGGACACUCGCUCUGCUGCCCAGCGCCAAACACCGGGGGACCUGCGCGCCCAUCUGGAGAGCAAGGUCGCCGAUCCCAUCAUCGCUCUGGUUGGAAUGUGCCACGCGGCAUAUCAUGCUGAAUUCAUUGAGAUUGGUCGCGUUCUGGGAGACCCCGUGUCUGAAUUCGCAGAGUCAAGACAGGCAAUGCGUCAAAUGCGCGAGAUUGUCGAUGGGGAUUGGAAUGUUUAUCAACAAGGAAGAGGCACAUCUGGGCUAAAGACGGGCUAUCUUCGCCCGCUGUUUCUCUACGCCAUCGAGUGUAUGGACCGGGAGGAGAGCCAAUGGGCCGUGGAAAGGCUAGAGAGCAUCAGGAACCCGAUAUGUCGGAGCGACUUCUUUGCGGUAUUUGCGAGGGAGCUGUCGGAAGCGCAGCUACGGAAAGAGAGAAGAGUUACGACGAGGUUCUUUUGCAUGUGGCAUUUUGGGGUGCCGCCUCCUUUUUUGUAG